GGGUUUUGAAAACCUUAGCACUCCUACUGAUCUAAAUGCAUGUAAAUUUAGGAGGAGGAACUUGCUUUAUCCUUCUUGUGGGCUCCACAGCCUCUGGACCUGAGAGGCUUCUGUAACUGUUCACCUGAAUUGGAUUAAGCUGAAAUAAAGAGGUAAAGAUCCUAAAUCAUCUAUUGAAAUCUUCCUUAAAGGGAAAAAUAGAAAUGAAGGUACAUAUGCACACAAAAUUUUGCCUCAUUUGUUUGCUGACAUUUAUUUUCCAUCACUGCCAUCACUGCCACGAAGAACAUGACCACGGCUCUGAAGAGCAUCACCGACACCACUGUGGGACGACAGAAUCGGAGUCAAGCAAGUUUUCAGUGCUGGAUGCUGAAAAUGAAAAAAAAUACUACAUUGAAAAACUUUUUGAUCGUUAUGGUGAAAAUGGAAGAUUAUCCUUUUUUGGUCUGGAGAAACUCUUAACAAACUUGGGCCUUGGAGAGAUAAAAGUAGUAGAGAUUAAUCAUGAGGAUCUUGGCCAUGAUCAUGUUUCUCACUUAGAUAUUUUGGCAGUUCAAGAGGGAAAGCAUUUUCACUCGCAUAACCACCAGCAUUCCCAUGAUCAUUUAAAUACAGAAAAUCAAACUGUGACCAGUGUAUCAACAAAAAGAAACCAUAAGUGCGAUCCAGAGAAAGAGACCAUUGAAGUGUCUGUCACAUCCAGUGAUAAACAUAUGCGUGACCAUAGUCAUCGCUCAUGUCGCCACCGUUUACAUCAUCACCUCGAUCGUAACACUACUCGCCAUCUUCCUAAUGAUUCCGUCACUCACAGCGAGCAUGGGGAGCCUAGCCAUGAACCUUCAACGGAGACCAAUAAAACACAAGAACAAUCGGAAAGUAAGCUGUUGAAAGGAAAGAAGAAGAGAAAAGGGAAGAAAACUAAUGAAAAUUUUGAGGUUGUUACACCAGGUUUUCAAGUCCCUAACCAUGAUCAGGGUGAACAGUAUGUGCACAAUCGGGUCCACAAACCUCAUCGUGCACAUAACCCAGGUCAUUCUCAUGUACAUCUUCCAGAACAUCAUGGUCAUGAUCCUGGUCAUGGACACCAAGACCUUGAUGCUGAUAAUGAAGGUGAACUUCGUCAUGCUAGAAAGCGAGAAGUACCACAUGUUAAAAAAAGUGCAAUUUAUUCAGCUGCUAGUCACAAAGAUCAUAACGAAGAUAACCGCCAACAUGAGUGUUUGAACGUCACUCAGUUGUUAAAAUACUAUGGUCAUGGUGCCAACUCUCCAAUCUCACCUGAUCUAUUUACAUACCUUUGCCCUGCUUUGUUAUAUCAGAUCGACAGCAGACUUUGUAUUGAACAUUUUGACAGACUUUUAGUUGAAGAUUUAAAUAAGGAUAAAAAUCAGGUUCCUGAAGAUAAAGCAAACUUAAGGGCCUCAGCAUGGAUUUGUGGAAUCAUUUCUAUCACUGUCAUUAGCCUGCUUUCCUUGCUAGGCGUGAUCUUGGUCCCCAUCAUUAACCAAGGAUGCUUCAAAUUCCUUCUCACAUUCCUUGUUGCACUAGCUGUAGGAACAAUGAGCGGGGAUGCCCUUCUUCAUCUACUGCCCCAUUCUCAAGGUGGACAUGAUCACAGUCAUCAGCAUGCACACGGGCAUGGACAUGCUCAUGGACAUGAAUCUAAGAAGUUUUUGGAAGAACAUGAUGCUGUAUUGAAAGGACUUGUGGCUCUAGGAGGCAUUUACCUGUUAUUUAUCAUUGAACACUGCAUUAGAAUGUUUAAGCACUACAAACAACAAAGAGGAAAACAGAAAUGGUUUAUGAAGCAGAGCACAGAAGAAUCAACUAUUGGAAGGAAACUUUCAGAUCAUAAGUUAAAUAAUACACCAGAUGCUGACUGGCUUCAGCUCAAGCCUCUUGCUGGAACUGAUGACUCGGUUGUUUCUGAAGAUCGACUUAAUGAGACUGAACUGACAGAUUUAGAGGGCCAACAGGAAUCCCCUCCUAAAAAUUAUCUUUGUGUGGAAGAGGAGAAAAUCAUGGACCAUUCUCACGCUGAUGGAUUACAUACCAUUCAUGAGCAUGACGUCCAUGCUGCUGCACAUAACCACCAUGAUGAGGGUAAAACUGUGCUGAGGAAACAUAAUCAUCAGUGGCACCACAAACAUUCUCAUCACUCACACGGUCCCUGUCAUUCUGGAGCAGACCUGAAAGAAACGGGAAUAGCUAAUAUAGCUUGGAUGGUAAUCAUGGGGGAUGGCAUCCACAACUUCAGUGAUGGGUUAGCAAUUGGAGCAGCUUUCAGUGCUGGAUUGACGGGAGGAAUCAGUACUUCUAUAGCUGUCUUUUGUCAUGAGCUGCCACAUGAAUUAGGUGAUUUUGCAGUUCUUCUUAAAGCAGGCAUGACUGUAAAGCAAGCAAUUGUAUACAACCUUCUCUCUGCCAUGAUGGCUUAUGUAGGCGUGCUCAUAGGCACAGCUGUUGGUCAGUAUGCCAAUAACAUCACACUUUGGAUCUUUGCAGUCACUGCAGGCAUGUUCCUCUACGUAGCUUUGGUGGAUAUGCUUCCAGAAAUGUUACAUGGUGAUGGUGACAAUGAAGAACAUGGCUUUUGUCCAGUGGGGCAGUUCAUUCUUCAGAAUUUAGGAUUGUUGUUUGGAUUUGCCAUCAUGUUGGUCAUCGCCCUCUAUGAAGACAAAAUUGUGUUUGACCUCCAGUUUUGACCAUUCCCAGUAGUCACUGGGGAGUGAGAAUGUUACCAUGCAGCAUUGCAUCUGUUCCUUGUACUGUGUGCACAUUGCUCAGAGAAAAGUCAGUGGCUUGUACUGCUUACAAGUUCCAUAGAUUUGAGCCUAACCACGAGACUGGUGCUCAGUACUGUUUUCCCUGUGUGAAGGGGUCUUUUAAAAAUAUAAAGUUGUGAUAAAGAAAGGAGAAAAUGAGACUCCAUGAAGCAAUGUUGAUAUAUGUUUGAUUAAGACUUUAAAAAAAAUAAUCAUAUAAAACACUAACAUAGUCUCUUUGGUAAUAGAAAUGUCUGUGGCUAUGCAGAAUAGAAACUGAACCAAAAAAAAAUCACUCUAAGUUUAAAAAUAUUUUAAAUGGACUUUGGGCAGACUUUUCUUUGUGCUAAAAUGAAUUACAGUGUCCUUUAAUUGAGCUAUACAUAUAUACACGUGGUAAGAGGAAUCAACUUGACACAACUUCAAAACUGCAUAGACUAUAGGAACUGUAGGCUGCAUUAGGGUAUGAAUCUAGCAUUGGGAAAAGCCCUAUUCUUGAACCUAGAGUUACUAUUUUUGUAUAUAUUGGCAUAGUGUUUAAACUUGCAGCCUAAACUACUGAAAUUUGUGAUUGUAUGUUUGUGAGCUUCAGUUUCAUGAAAGAUUCAUAACGGUUCUUUGUAUUAAUAUACUUGGUGUUUGGGGUCUUUUUUUUUUUUUUUUCAAACUUUAAUAUUGUUUGUGUUUGGGAUUUUUGGUGGGGGUAAGGGUUUGGAGCAUGUGGUGAAAUGUUUUUUCAUUAAAAUUGUAACCCUCUAGAAUAUAUCAGUUAAAUGAAGAACCCAAACAUGGUCUAAAUAUUCAUUUUUCCUACUUUAAUAGCACCAACUAGUUAAGUGGGAAAUUUAAGUUCUAAAUGUAUGCAUUGUUUUACCAGUUUGGCACUGGAAUGUAGAGCACAUGCUGUGGCUGCCAGUAAAGUUGUAAGAUAUAAAAUGUAAGUUUACCACAUCCAUAAUCUCCAUUGAUACCCUGGCUAUCAUGGUACCAAGUAACUUGGAAGACACACUUAUUAAGUAGCUCAGCUGAAGUCACUUGAUCAUUUUGUGCCAAGAUAUGCUGUUGGUGCCCAUAGGGAUUAGUCUCUUAUAGGUGCCCUGUUCUACUACCAUAAUUAUAAAUGAUUUGUGAGAAGUGCAAGCCAUAUAUCCUGGAUUUUGACCUAAUAAUUUGUACUUGCAUGUAGCUUUCUGUUUACAUCCUGUGCCACAUGGUCAUUCAUACCAGAUAAAUCUCAACUACGUGCAGGCAGCUGUGUUUUAAUCUGCCUAGCUACCAAUGUAGCUGCUUUACAGAUCUUACUGUUCAAGUAUUUAAGAGCCAAACUCUUUCCAUUCCAUUUGAGCUGUUCCCUUUAGCCCUCCCUCCCUUCCUCUUACUCCAUGAACUCUGAGAGCAGCACACACAUCCAGGUAUUACGAGUAUUGCCAGUGUUUCUUCUUCAUGCUGUAAGCAAGGGAGCUUUCCUUAACUUAUACCUGAACUUGGAGAAUUGUUUCUGGCUUUCGUCUUGGUCUCCUGUAACAAGUAGGAGUUUUAUAUGUUAUCUUCAGCAUUGGGCACUGAAUUAGGACAGUCCUCAUCUCAUUGCUUGGCCCUUCAAGCAACCUAGCUAAAAAGUGCAAGUAUUUUAUUUAGUACUGCCAACUUCAAGUGAUUCAUAAUAUUUACAGUUCAGUUUGGGGUUCUUAUACCCAAGGAAGAUUCUGCAUUCCAGCAUUAAAUCUGCUUAAUUUUAAAACCUUUUCUGAAAAGCAACAGCUGGAAUAUACUCCCAUUCUUA